UUUUGCUUAGGGCCCCAUGGAGGCUUGGGUCGGCUCUGCUAAGUUGCACCACUGAAACAAACAAACAAGGUGAAUGCUUCCUAUUGGUUCAAAGCGAACCAAUCACAGGCCUCUGAUGUAAAAGGAAACUUAUCCGGAUCAUAUACUGGGAAGUGCAGCACUAGCAGCAGCCGAAAUAAAACCACGGUUGAACUUCAAGAGUUCAACCAAGUUCAACUCUUUGGGGUUGUUCGCCACAUUACGGUCUAUAUAACUGGAGCUGGUUAUAACGCUAUAACACGUGUUAACCUGUAAUUGACCAUUGUUUGAUUAUCAGCUGCAGGAAGAGGAAGAAGUGUUCGGCUGAGCAUGUUGACUUAUUUGCUGUGUGGAGGAGUGGUGUUCCCAGGGCUUUUCUACAGCUUCAGGAAAGUACUAAAACACACUUUGACGCACUGGAGUGACGCCGACGUGGUUUUAGUCAGCGAGAGGCUGGUGUCUGCCAUCCAUGCAUCUUUAGCUACUGCAGCUGGAGUCACAAUUGUAACGUCCUGCAGGGAUGUGAUGACUGACAGUCACUGGCUGGUCAAUGGGUUUGUUGUAUUUGGAGCUCCCUAUAUGGCCCAUGACCUCUUCGCCAUGUAUUUGAGCCACUACCACACUCAGAGGGUCAGAGGUCAUUCACACAGUGACCACUCUCUUCAAACCGUGAAGGCUUUCCUCUUUAGAGACUGGAUGCUGGUCCUCCAUCACCUGACACUGCUUGUUAUCUUCCUGCCCAUCACUCUGUUCUUCAGAAGAGGACUGGGUGAUUUCUUCAUCGGCUGCCUGUUCACUGCAGAGUUCAGCACGCCUUUCGUCUCUGUAGGAAAGAUUCUCAUCCAGCUGGGCCUCGAUGACACUAGGCUGCACAGAAUAAAUGGCAUCAUCGUCCUCGUGAGUUUCUUCACGUGUCGGAUCCUGGUCUUCCCCUUCAUGUACUGGAUGUACGGCCGGCAGUUUGGGAUUCCGCUACACAAAGUGGCUUUUCAUCUGCCUCUGCACUGCAACGUGGGAAACCUGGUGAUCCUGGCCCCGCAGAUCUACUGGUUCACCCUGCUGCUGAGGAAAGCUCAGAGACUCUACCUGAGACAGAGGAGAGGGACCGGAGACGGGUCCAAGACAGACUGAGGAGUCCACCAGGAGCCUGUUCCACAAAGUCAACUGAAAAUCAGUCAGACGAAUCAAAAUAAGUCAAUCCAAGUGGUGUAUUCAGUAAAUUCACUCUAUGGAACAGGCUCCUGGUUUUACACCGACACUGAAGUUACAGCUUUACAGACUAUUAGGGCCGCUUUUUGGGGAGAAUAGGUAAUAUUAUGGGGCAACAAUCCUAAUAU